UACCUCUGGCGCACUACACAAAGUCAAUGUAACUAGCUAGAUUCACCGGUUUUAUUUUAUUUUUAAUUUUUGAAAAGAACUGGUAAGCAGUUCGCGUUCAACAAGAACUGAACUAGAACUGUUUCAAACCCAGUGUAGUUUUAGAAAAAAUAUCUUCUAAUGAUCUCUCAAUUACACUGAUUUAUCUAACGGAAAAAUGAAGAUAGAAUGAAAUUAUAGACGCGAUUUUCGUUGAAAAAUGAAGAGUCAAUGUUAAAUUUUUUUGGUAUAGAUGAUAUUUUCUUUUUUUAAUUUUAGAAAUUAGAAGAUGAACAAUUUAAAAUAUUAGUAGAAAAUAAUGGUGGUCAACAUCCAAUUUAUUUAUCUUACAUAUGUGAAAAUCUACGCCAAUUUGGUGAUUAUUCAUUAAUAACUGAAAAACUUCGUCAAUAUCCAGAUACAUUAAACGAUUUUAUUGAUUGUUUACUCACUGAAAUAUAUCAAAAUGACGAAACGCAUUUAGUAGAAAUAUUUUUUAAACUCUUGAUUGUAUCUUACGUUGGCAUAUUAGAAUCAGAUAUCUGUAAUUUAUUACAAUUUUAUUUAAAUAAGAAAAAAAGUGAUGUUGAAUUGGCUACAACAGACAGCAAACAGGAUGUGAAUCAAAUUACCUGGUCAAUAUUACGUCGAACAGUUAAAACACUGUUGGAUACAUCAUGGUGUAUUGGUUAUCAAGUUAUGAUAUUACGUCAUGCAUCUUUAGAGCAGAAACUUCAACAUAGUCUAUUAAAAAAUGAAGAUGAAGUACGUUCAUUACAUGCAUUAAUGGCUGAAUUUUAUCAAACAAAACAUUCAGUUAAACAUUUUGCCAGUUUACGUAUACCUUAUCAUUUACAACAAGCUCAUCGAUUCGAACAACUAGUACAAUAUUUAAGAUCGCCAAUGUCACGUCCUGUGGGAAAAAUCGAUCGACAAAUGUAUUUGAAAACACUUCGUUGUAAAACAAUGAUUAUGGGUCCAGAUGGUCCAAUGAAUCAGUGCGCCUAUCUAUGUAGUUCGUGUGCGAUGCAGUUCAGUCUCAGUCCAUACACAAUGGCUAAAAGUUCGUGUUUACUCUGUGGGUCAAUGAUAAUUGGCGGUGGUCAUAUGCCACACUUGAAAAACGUAGCACGUUUUUGUCAUAAACAUGGUUUUGUCGGUUAUCCGGGCACCAUUCGGUGUGUUGUAUGUAAACUAACACAUCAAGGUCCAAAAAAGCAAAACAACAUGCCAUCGUUCUUGGAUCCAGUACCCGUCCAUAUUUGUUUUGAAUGUUCUAUAGGAAUACAAACAUGUUGUGCAUUCGAAUUUGAUCAAAAGUAA